GAACGGCGUCACGACUCCAGCAGUCACCUGGAUCUCUGAUUGGCUCAGAGCGCUGAUCCGGGUACUGCGCUAGAAAGAGCCCAUUAGCUAAAGGUACCAAUAUGGCGGAGGCUUCCCUAGGGAGUUCAAGUCCAGUUGGCUCUUUAUCAUCAGAGGACCAUGACUUUGACCCAACAGCAGAAAUGUUAGUUCACGAGUAUGAUGAUGAGAGGACUCUGGAGGAGGAAGAGUCUCUGGAAGGUGGAACAAAUUUCAGCUCUGAAAUUGCAGAUCUGGAAAAGGAAGGGAACAUGCCUUUAGAAGAACUGUUGGCCAUUUAUCGUUAUGAGGCCUCAGCAGGCUCCAGUAUAGACAGCUCCUCUGGAGACCUGACUGAUGAGCUCCCUGACAUGACUUUGGAUAAGGAGGAAAUAGCUAAAGACCUUCUGUCUGGGGACUAUGAGGAGGAGACGCAGUCCUCAGCUGAUGAUCUGACUCCCUCAGUUACCUCGCACGAGGCCACUGAUUUCUUCCCAAGAACACUUAGAUCCAACGCUAUAUCUGACGGUGAUAAAGAGUCAGAGUGUGAUGAAGAUGGCCCAAGCCCAGAGGACUCAAGAAAGGAAAUAAUGGUGGGCACAGAGUACCAAGCAGAAGUCCCUUCUUGCCUCUGUCACUACAAAGAUGAGGAGAGAGUAUAUGAAGAUGAAGAUGAGUUAUUAUGGAACCCAGGCAUAUUGUCAGAAAACAAGGUUAGAAGUUUCCUGUGUGAAGUUUUGUCACGGACAACGGAUGAAAAGAUGAGAUGUGACAAACCAGGAAUGCAUGUUCGAGACAAUGAGCAGGCUUUACAUGAGCUUGUAAAAUGCAACUACAACACCCGCGAAGCACUAGAGAGAUACUGCAGCCAUGUAAAGUCCUCAAAAGAAAAAUCACCUCCAUGGUCUGAAGAGGAAUGCAAGAACUUUGAACAUGCUCUUCAGAUGUAUGACAAGAAUUUUCACCUCAUACAGAAACACAAAGUCACAACAAGAACAGUAGCAGAAUGUGUGGCAUUUUAUUACAUGUGGAAAAAGUCAGAGCGCUUUGACUUCUUUGUGCAGCAGAAUCGAUUUGGGAAGAAAAAGUACAGCAGCUAUCCCGGUGUGACUGAUCUGAUGGACAGGCUGGUGGAUGAAGCAGAGGGCUUAGCGGUGGACAGUUCCUCCUCUGUGUGUUCAGGUGCAGGUGGAGGUGGAAGGCUGGAGACAACCACAGAACAACAGCUUAGCCUGCUAAACUCCAUCACUGCCAGUGACCUCACAGCUUUGAGCAACACUGUAGCCACAGUAUGCAGCCCUGCAGAGGUCAGCUGUCUAGACUCCUACAGCUUUCCUCCAUUGGAAAGUCUCCAUCGAGGUUCCCUGAACCACGAGGAAUCCCUUGGGUUCCCUUCUAAUGGUGCUGAACCUGAUUGCCUCAAUAUGCUUGAGGCUGGCUUCUACCACUCAGAUCUAGGCCAGCUGGGGGGCGUGUGUGUCAAUAAGGACUGUGAGCGGCCCUCCAAGAGACUCAAGAUGGCGCUGCCUGAUUCCUUUAUCAAUGACGUGUCUGUGGGUAACCUUGGGGUGGACUUUGAUGCACGACGGACGACAACGCAUCACCACCGAAUCACUGCCGCCAAAAUGGCAGUAUCUGUCACAGACUUUGGAAGCUUGGCUGGGAGCGGCGAACCCAACGGGUUUCUGGGAGCACAUGCACGGCACCACACACAGCACACUGCAGCACUUCAGUCAGAGUGAUCUUCCUCAUCUUCUUCCCUGUUCUUCCCUUUUAAGACCCAUUUUUUUCCUGCUUGUACAUAAGACUGACCUCACUGGAAAAUUCAAUUUGUUUAAAUUUAUUAUAUAUAUAUAUAUAUAUAUAUAUAUCUAUAUAUAUGUAUAUGACUAUACUUUUUGUUUUCAUUUUUUUGUGUAAUAUGACAUCAGUGAUGUCUAUCAUAUAGAACUAAAAUCUUGAUUUCUCUCAAGAGUUUAUAUAGCCAUUUAUUUUAUUUUUGUUUUGCGGUCUUGAGAUGUGUAACGUCCAUGUACAGCAGGGCCCAGAGGCUGCAGUAGGAGAGUUGUGUAUCUUCCUCCUUCACAUCUACACCCACCAUCUUCAGAGCUACAGUACCUGCCAUUCUUUUAGCUGCCAAAAAUUUAAUUUCCCACCUCUACUGUUAGCAUUUAGUUGCCUGUCUUUGUUGUUUGAAGUGGUACUUGUUUUUUUUUCUUUUGUGUUUCGUUUACAGGUACUUUUCAGUCACCAAAUUGUGCAAAUGGUUAUUUGAUCCCAGAUCUACCCUGGGGUACAUACUGUACGAAGAGCAACACUAGCAUGGAGAUUAACUUGGAAACCAGGAAGUGUCGUGGCUUUAGCUGCUAAGGUCAUCUUAUUUGGGUUUCUUCUUUUUAAUGUUCUUCUUUGCUUGUAGUUUGUCUGCUUCUUUAUUUUUAUUCAAAGUGGCCAAUGCUGGAGACUUUUUUUUUUUUUUUUAAACUUACCAUGUAAUCAAACCCAAAUGAAUGGCCUUAAGUUUUUUUCUUUUACAUUUUAAAAUGUGAUUGAAAAAAACAUGAGCAAGUUAAUAUACUGGGAGUCACCUUGUUUUAAUGUUGAGUGUAUAUAUAUUUAAAUCCUGCUACUUUUUAGAAUAUCAACAAACCAUAACAGCAAUAUUGCAAUGCAAAGAUUUUUGGUUGGGUUAAUAGCCAUUUAAACCUCGACACAGUAAAGUAUGUAUUUAUUACAUAUACUUAUUUUUCGAAAGUUUCAUCUAAUCUUUUCAGUUCAUACUUUAACUCAUGCUAUUUUUAGGUAAGUUAAGCUGUGUGUCCUAGUUAAGUAAAUAUGUUCCUAAAUCAAGUAGCGCCAUUUUUUUCUGACCUGCUAGCAGUAUUAUAUCUUUAAAGCUUCUCUGAGUUUGUAUCGAACCUCUGCCUAGCCUGUACUGCCUAGUUAUGCCUUUUUGAAAUCUGGUUGAUGAUAUUUUGGAGCCUAGUAGCAGAAAUGGAGCUGUUUUCGCUUGACUUAAGUCCAUAAUUGUGAAUUGUCAAACGUUUAGCAGGUCAGUGUCAGUUGAUUGGAUGCAGUAGUAGUGUUUACUUAAUUUAUCUAUGCAUUGUGCUAUGAAUAUUUAGUUUGUUUCAGGGGUACAUCAUGUUUGUCAUGUCCAUUCAUGCCUAAUAAUCCUUAAGUUUAAUCAAGCAGUUCAGUUUUAAAGCCCAGCAUCAGAGAGGAUAAUCACAUUGCGUUUCAUGUAAAUAAUUAGCAAAUAGCCUUUAAAAAGUCUAUUAACUGACCUCUUACACUUGUGAAUCUGUGUUGAUACAAAGGUUUUAAUUUCAUUCCUUGUCAGAAAGGCAAUAAUUUGUAGAUAUGUACAGAUAUUUUGGGUUUUGCAUUUUACUGGUUGACUUGGUGUUUUUUCGUUUCUUCUUUGGAAAGUCACCCAGACACCAGGACACGGCUGAAACCACGCAUGCCAGCUGCGCCCUGUUUCAAGUGUACCACUGAAAACGGCUUACCUGAAGACGUAUUGAUAUUACUCAAUGUUGCAAUUUUUGCAUUCAAAACUUGCAGCCAUGUGUAAAAGACACUCAUCUUUCUUUCCUUAAAAAGAUUUUUACGUCGUCGUCGUCUAUAUUUGUCUUGAUGGUAAAGGGAUGGCUGCUGCUCUAAGUGUGUGGAGAGCUAGUUUCUUUUUUAAUGCAAUGUGCAUAAUGCAGUAGGUCCUCCAAGCUCUUCUAGCUUUAGCAGUGCAGUGAUAUUUAUUUCACCUGUGGUUUGUACAAAGACUCAGAAAAACUGUCAGAAUGUAAAGGCCAUUAAGUAGUAGAAGUAGGUUUUUCAUCACCCUGUGAACUCUCGAAAAUGUGAUAUUUUAUUGAUAUCUCUGGUAUGAGACUUGUGUGUGCAAGCAAGCACUAAACAAAUUUAUUUUAUAUUUUGUAUUGUGUUUUGAAGUUUAAAAAAAAAAAAAAGGAAAAAAAUAUAGUUGUGGUUUUGAAGGAGGAAAAAAGUCCUUUGAUGAAAAUAAAAACACCUUUGUGAAUAAAAACCUACAAAACUUAAAAAUGUAUAUCCAGAAAUAUAGACAAUCAAACUUCACUAUGAGAAAUGUUCAAGAAGCUAUCUUUAUUGUUUAUAAAAAUUGUACAUAAACAUUGAGUUGUUUUUUUUUUUUUCUUUUGUUAAACAUUAUUUUGUAUUUUAUGUUGUACUUUAAUACCUUGUGUACAGAUCCAG